ACAUUUUAUGUUUCUGAUCAUUGAAAGUUGAUAGAAGACUUUGUAAGAACUCUUAUCAAUAAAAUGAUUAAAACAUUUGUCGUGGUUUUCGCCAUCGCUUGUCAAUUUGCUUUCGGAAUUGUAGAUCCGAAAGAACAAUUCGAAAUUAGAGAAGGAAAUUGCUCAAAUGCAAGAUUACGUGACUUGGUGUUCGAGGAUAAUGUUGAUUUGAUGGGAAUUCCUUUCAUCACGAGAAAUACAACAAGCACUUGGUAUGGUGAUCAAAUUAUUUACUGUAUAUUGGCAUUGAGUCAAAACCCAGAAUCGAAUGGAUCCACUGUGUUUAUAAAAGAAGGAGGUGUCAAUCAUUCAUACGUCACUUUAGAAUUUCAUUCUACGAAAAACCAUGGUUUGGAAUACAAUAUUAAGGUCUUUGGAAGACUCCGAUGAAUUUUAGAGUACUUCUGAAAUGUUAUUGAAAAUUAUAUAUAAGUAAUGAAU